ACGGGCUCCAGCCGCGCCCAGGGGGUCGUGGUCGGUGGGAGCCUUCGACAGCCGCCAUGCCGAUUGGAGCCUUUGAGAUCCCAUGUCCACGAAAGCCAGAGGCUUUGAACUGUGGUGCCUCGGCCUUGCUACCGGAUGACUCUGAGGAUGAUUAUCAUGCCGAGUCAUGCUCACCAGUUGGAUCUGCAGUCCCUCAAAGUCCCUUCAUCACAAUGGGCCGAACAAGGCAUUUGAGGCGGACCUGCAACGUGGUGUUUGAGGAGAUGCGGAUUUGCGGGGCCUUACAGCAGCACCUGGAGGAUCUCAACUCCAACGUUCCCUUCGAGGAGCUUUGGCAACCCAUCCAUGUGGCGGCGCACUUGGGAGAUGAUCGAGCCGCGUGCUUCUUCUUGCUCAACGGGGUGGACCCGGAACAGAAGACCUCGACGGGGAAGUCUGCCUUGGACCUGGCCGUGUCCGUGAAUCGCAGGGGAUCUCAUGAGAAAGUCAUUGCUCUGCUCUCUGCAUCACACUCAGAGGAUCAACUCUUGCAGUUAUGGGCAGAAGAAGAUUGAUGCAGGUCUUUCGGUGCGCCGGGCCUUUUCUUCCGCGGCAAGCUGCUCGGUCUUUUUCCACUGGCAAAGCCGGUGCUAUUUUUGAGUUAAACUGUACAUCUUCAAAUCGCAAAUGUGUUGCACAUGCUGCACAGCUGCUGUGACUGGUCAG